AUGACGAGUUUCUCAGUGAACUUCACACUGCCGGCCAACACGACUUCCUCCCCACCUGCUACAAGUGGGAAAGAAGCAGACUGUGGGCCCUCUCUUGCAUUAGCAGCAGGCAUCCCGUCCCUGGUGGCCACAGCCCUGCUGCUGGCUUUACUAUUUAUGCUGAUCCGCCGAAGAAGAAGCAGCAAUGAGUCCACCGAGGAAGGUGAGAGACCAUGUGAAAUUUCAGAAAUCGAUGACAAUCCCAAGAUUGCUGAGAAUCCUAGGAGGUCACCCACACAUGAGAAGAAUCUGAUGGGAGCAGAAGGAACCCACAUAUAUGUGAAGACUGUAGCAGGAAGCAAGGAGCCCAUGCAUGACACUCACCAUCCUACUGUCGAAAUGGAGAGAAGGAGGGGAUUGUGGUGGCUUAUGCCCAGAUUGAGCCUGGAAUGAUGCAGUUUGGUCAAGGAACAGAUCUAGAGCUAGAACAGAGCUGAAAACCCAGGGAUCUGUGCUCAGAGUGAGGAGAGAUACUAAGCUGCUUCUUAACCAAUCCAAAUUUCCUUUGCAGAUCUGGAAAACUUUUGGGUUGGUUUGUCUCUGUAGGUGAAAGAGCUAAGGACUCAUUCCAACA